UCCUCCACAUUGAUUAAAGAUCCAGGUGUUCUUCUCUCUCUCUCUCUCUCUCGUCACUUAAUCUCAGACGGGAGGCUUCUCAUCUCUCUGAUUCUUGGAUAAGAACAAAGGCAACCGACUUAGAGGAAGCAGCUCGAUCGGUUCUCCUCUUACAAAGUUGAUAAUUUACUCCUCGAUUCCUUCUCCUUGCCAAAUCAUCGGGUCAUAUGCGAUCCAACUUGUCUUUCCUUCACAACAUGAUUCUCAAGUCUGGUAGCUAAAGAAGAGGAUGUAGAUUGCUCUGAGGAAGACGAAACCGUCCGGUGUUGAAUUACAGGAACAAGUUGUCGCGGAGAGAUGGAAGAUUACAUUGUGAGCUGGGUGAUCUCAGGAGUGUUGUUCUGGACCACCACCUUCCUACUAGUUCGGAAUGUAUUUCGAAACCGCUCCUUUGAUUUCUGCAACCGUGUCGUCUCCACCGUCCACGCUGCGGUGGCUGUUGGAUUAGCCUCUCUAUCCGUACAGCACUGGGGAUGUCCUGUGUGUCCUUUGGCAUCGAGGUCGUCUGAACUGCAGAUGAAAGCGCUGGCCGUGACUCUGUCUUAUCUGAUAUAUGAUCUGAUAUGCUGCCUUUUCGACAAGAUACCCAGAAUGGACAAUUCAGUUCAUCAUAUGGUUGGAAUUGUCGGCAUCGCAGCAGGUCUUGCCUACGGAAUGUGUGGCUCGGAAAUGGUUGCGGCAAUGUGGUUAACGGAGAUCUCCAGUCCUUUCUUACACAUGAGAGAACUUCUGAAGGAGCUCGGCUACCGAGACACCAACCUUACUUUAGCACUUGACAUCUUGUUUGCUGCCAUCUUCUCCUUGGCAAGGAUGGUUGGCGGUCCAUAUCUCACAUAUGUAACCUUGACAGCAGACUAUCCAUUGCUUAUUAAGGCAAUGGCAUUGGGCUUGCAGCUGGUCAGUGCCUUCUGGUUCUACAAGAUCCUCAGAAUGGUAAGGUACAAAAUAGCCAAGAGGAUGGUGCCCAAUAAAUCUAUCAAAAUCUCCGUUCACUGAAUCAGAUGACUAUUCUCAAGUUGUUGAUGAAGCAUUGGAGUAUGGUACCACUUCAAACGCCAUCAAGUUUUUGUUGUUCCUGACAUCAGUGCCUUCACCGUUGCAUCAUAAUAGGAUGUUGCAAGUCUUGGCAUUUCAUGUUGGUAGAAACAGGUUUGAAAGUUCAUGCACUAUGUAUGACAUCGCAGUUGGAGCAAUAGGCCCUUCUCACUUGAAAUAUUAUAUCACAAUCUCAACAAUUUGUACAUUGUCCACAACCACAACUUCAGAUUGCUGUUCA